UGACACAAGUAGGGCAGCGAUUGCAGGGGUGAUUGAUUAGUAGUACACACUAUCCCUGAAUCCACUCAGUCAGUUACACAGAGGCAGCAUGAGGCUAUGGUGGAUACUGCUUGCUGGGCUCGGUAUUGCAUAUGAGGCAGAGGAGUCGUGCAUGGACCGCUGUGAGAAUGGCUUUGAGUCGGUGAAGAAGUGCCAGUGUGACACCAUGUGCCGAUACUACCGGAGCUGCUGCUCGGACUACGAGACGAUCUGCCUAAUGACGACCCGUGGGGACACCUUCGAAUUUGCAGAGGAUGAUGAUGGUCCAUUUCCCCCUACACAAAUAACCCCUUGGACUGAUGAUGGAACAUCUGUCUCCUCAGGCAGGCAAUGGUCACAGCCAACCCAAUCCAAUGAGGCAAGAGUAGUAGUCCCACAGAAUACCAGUGUAAUAGUAACUGAGGCAGCCCCAGUCACAACAGAAGCCCAGAACACAACUGCAGAAGAAGCGGCAACCAUGCAGCCACCAGUGGGUAUCCCCAAGGCUCCAGUGGCUAUCCCCAAGGCUACAUUGGCUACCCCCAAGACUCCAGUAGACCCAGAUUCAGAGUUAUGCAGUGGCAGGCCCUGGGAUUCUCUCAUGCAGAUGAAAAAUGGAUCUGUCUAUGCUUUCAGAGGGCAGUAUUUCUUUGAGCUUGAUGAUAAGGCAGUGAUGCCUGGCUAUCCCAAACUGAUUGAGGACAUCUGGGGAAUCAGAGGACCUAUAGAUGCUGCAUUCACUCGAAUGAACUGCCAGGGAAAUACAUAUAUAUUCAAGGGGAACAAGUACUGGAGGUUUGACGAUGGUGUGCUGGAGAAGGACUAUCCCAGAGACAUUAGCGUGGGUUUUGACAAGAUCCCGGAUGACUUAGAUGCAGCCUUCGCCAUUGCUGCCCCUGGACACCAUGGCAAAGAGAAGGCUUACUUCUUCAAAGGUGACCAGUACUAUCAGUACGAGUUUCUCAACCAGCCAUCUCAUGAGGAGUGUACCAAGAUGUCAGCCAGGUCACCCUCAGCUCUGUUCAGAGCCUACACUGACAUCUACUAUGACAGCUGGGAGGAACUCUUCAACAUGCUCUUCAGAGGCAUACCUAAUCACCACGAUGGGCAUCGGUUCAUCAACAAGGAUUGGGUGGGCAUCAAGGCCCCAGUGGAUGCUGUCUUGGCAGGCAGACUCUACCUCACCCCCAGGCACCUUCCCCCACCCUUACCCCCUAUCUGGGAUAGUAGCACUGGGAGGCGCCACCCAUGGGACCAGCAGUAUGGACAGCAGUAUGGACAGCAGUAUGGACAGCAAGGUCAGCAGUAUGGACAGCAGUAUGGACAGCAGUAUGGACAGCAAGGUCAGCAGUAUGGACAGCAAGGUCAGCAGCGAGGUCAGCAGUGGGGCCGCUACAGAAAUAGACGCCAGUCUUACUGGGGUGCCGGGUCGGGAAUGGCUAUGGGACAAGCGUUCAGAGAGAAGGGAAUGGCUAUGGGACAUGCGUUCAGAGAGAAGGGAAUGGCUAUGGGACAUGCGUUUGGAAAGAGGGAAAUUGAUCUGGGACAGAAGAUGUUUGGUGGAUGGGACACGCCUCAGACAGAUACCCGGGAUGAAGAUCGGGAGAGAGACAGGAGGAGGGAUGACCAGGACAGGUGGAAUAACCAGGACAGAAGGAAUGACCAGGACAGAAGGAAUGACCAGGACAGGAGGAAUGACCAGGACAGGAGGAAUGACCAGGACAGGAGGAGAGAUGGAUACAACUAUGAUUCUACAUAUAACAAGUGGAGAGCCUACAGGGAGUUUAUCAACAGGCGCCAGCCAGUGCAGAGUGUGUACUUCUUCAAGGGAGAUAAAUACUUCAGAGUGGAUCUGAAGACUAAAAGAGUGGACACAGCUCGCCCUCCGUAUCCCAGGUCCAUUGGCAAAUACUGGCUGGGCUGCCCUGACCAACACCAUGGGGCAGAGAGGAAAUAGUUUUCCAACUGAAUUAUGUUCAAAACUAUGCUAAUCCAAAAUUCUAAUAUAAAUACAUUUGGUGAUAGAUAAUUUGAAGAAUCGAGUAUGUCUUUUUGUAAAUGGAAUGCUUACAUGUAGUACUUUCACAAUUAAACACAUUCUAACUGUUCUAAAUCUACAUGUAGGAAGGUAUUUAAAUGAAUCCACUGCCAAUGUUAGUCAAACUUGUUCUGUCUUUCCAGCACUUAUUGGAGAUCAAUGACGGCCCACCCCUUUCCCAUGUCCUCAGUCUGCCUGGUUAUAGGCAAAGUUCAUUUUUAUUUGAUGUGUAUCUCUCUUCUAUGGACUUUGACCGUGCUAUUUUUCCUUGCUGUAAUGAUUGUUUUUACAUAGAAUCAAAAGAAACAAGAUUCUAUCCAUUUCCACAUUCUUUCCCCAAUGCAGCAUACAAAUAGUUAAUGGAUUACUCAUAGAGCAAUGUUGCAACAUAAUGCAUUUGAACUACAUACAGGACAUUGUAGACAAUGGCAAUGGUAAGAUAGUAGUUGGACCCCUUUAAAAGUUCACUUUGGGAUUCCAAAAAUGAGUGUACACCCUGUAGAUUUAUUUUUCAAACAGCUGAGGAAUGGAGCAGAAGAAAUGUAACUCCUUUCAAUUAUAUAUACACAAGGACUUUCACAUGUGGAUGUAAGGACUGACCAUCUGUGAGAUCACAAUGUAAUAAACCACCCCAUUUCCAAAAUGUAGGGACUCUGCGUAAAAUGCAAAUAAAAACAGAAUGCAAUGAUGUGCAAA